CAGACGCCGGCAAAGCCGCAUUCGUGAGAUACAACUCGUGGUGGUCGGACGAAGUUCAGCGGCUGCUCUUAAGAAGAAAUCUGGAACUGUGCUGGUUCUGUUCCUCCCUCUUUGUGCUUUAAAUUACUCUUUUUUUUUGCCUGUUUGCCCGUUGUGUGUAUUUUUGUUUUCGUUGUCACUCUGCCACUUUGUCACCUUACCACACACACUCCGCCGGACUUGCUACUUGCUACUCCGUUCUAAGUUUCGCGAUCGAGCAAAGAGCAUCAGCAUCAUCAUCAACAUCGUCCGCCAGCAUCCAGCAGUUGGCCAUCUGAAAAGCAGAUCCCAGAUCCCAGAACACAGAAUACACCAGCAUGUCGGACGGCAUCGAGGUCGAGCAAUUGGUGGAGAGCAAGCCGAGAAGGAUGCCGCUGGCCACGUCACUGGAGAAGGACUCAAUUCGCGAGGCCUACGAGGAUGUGCGCUCUGAUCUCACGGACACCGAGUGGGCGGUAUUCAAGUUCGAUGGGGCCCAGAUCAUUGUCCAUGGCCGUGGUCAGUGCUUCGAGGAGUUCCGACAGCAGUUCGGUGACUCUGAACGCGCCUUUGGCUACAUACGCAUCCAGAUGGGCGACGAGAUGUCCAAGCGCAAGAAGUUCAUCUUCCUGACGUGGAUUGGCCAGGAGGUGGGCGUUAUCCAGCGUGCCAAGAUGUCCACGGAUAAGGCGCUCAUCAAGGAUGUGCUUAAUAACUUUGCCGUGGAACUACAGGCUGGCGUCGAGGCCGAGCUGGACAUUGAGCUCUUCCGUGAGGCGUUGAACCGUGCCGGCGGUGCUAACUAUGGAACGGGCAUCCGAGAUAACUAAGCGGCCUCCAAGUUACUUUAUAUACUUUUUUUUUGCAUCUCUCAAGUGCUUACCAAACUGCUCCUUUCUCUUUAAUUAUUAUGAAUUAAUUUUAUGAAAUUUAAAAACUGUACAUUUUAUGUAAUAUUAUACAAGCAAUUGUAACAUUA